AUGUCUGGUGUCAAGACAUCGCUGCCCCGAAAUGUCAAGCAAUGGCAGGAUGAAAUAGCGAGGAUGAAUCUCACAGGCCAGACUGUACACGGUGCGAAGCUUGCCUCUGCCUCUAAAGCUGAGCAGGAGCAAUUUCUGUUAUUCCAUGUCCUAUGGGUAUCUCGACGUAUGGAUGAGUUGCCGGGAAUAUUGUCCGGCAUCAGCGAGUGGAUCUCAGAGGCGAAUACAAUGCUAGGAGGCUAUAAGUCAUGGGAAACAUAUUGUCGGGAAUUUGCGGUUGCCCGGCAGUAUCAACUUGAGGUUACCGAUACCCAAGAUGACACAGAUCUGCAAACCUUUGUAACUCCUAUCGCACAUCGAACACGUGCCCGUGCUCGUGAACGUGAUAACCCGACAGCCGAUGACCAUGUGGAGACACCCUCGAAGUCCACCAAUAUAUCCGAAAUACUCAACCUUGAAGAUAUCAGACUUGAAGAUCCCUUUGUCAGUCCGAAGACCCCAGCCCAAGAGACCUCAGUUCAAGACACCCCGGUUCAAAGGAUCUCAGCCCAAGAGACCCCGGCUCAUGAGACCCCGAGUCCAUUCCAGCCUAUAACGCCUGGCCCAAAAGAACUGGAAAACGUGCUGUACCCUCCCACAAAGGAUGAGCAGAUAGUGAACUGUGCACUCAUCCUCUUUCUGAAUGCGCUGACCAUGCAUUUUAACCUAACCCAUAAAUGGACGCUACAUAGAAAGGCCUUCAAAGCUAACUUUGAGGAGGCUAGUUUCGAAGCAAGGAUUGACGGAUAUCUCGAUGAUCGCCGGGGAAAAGCAAAAGUUAUUGUUGAGGUGAAACCUGUCAAACGAUCAAAGAAGUCGAUUCCUAUCCAAAUGCAGGAGGGCGCCCAAAUGGUUGCUUGGAUAAAAAAAUGUAUAACCCUCAACUUUUACUUCUUGUGCCCCAAAUGCUACUCCAACGCUAAUUCAAAUAGGCGCAUAAUUGUCUCCCAAGACUGGCACGAAAUAUUCUUGACGGUUGCGAAGUACGGUGACGAAUAUAUCAGAUAUUUGAGCGACAAGCAUUAUCAAGGCGGAUCCAACUCUUUCAUGACAAUGCAUCAAUUUGGUCCAUGGAAUACAUUGGAUGUUGCUAGCAUGAAGCUCCUCGGACCUAUACUUCUGGCCAUAUCUCUUCGUGCAGAAGCCACAGAUGGGAAGAACAUAAAUUGAUCAUAUCUAGCAUUCGUCCUAGGCUGCCAAGGUGAUCAUUGGCUAGGAGUUCUUUCACCAAGAAGUGGUACUGU